CUUAAGAAAUUCGCCAGCGUUGCGUAGAUAUUAUAAAUCCUAUUGUUUUGCUCCGCACUUCUCACGGCGUAGCUCAGCUGACGAAGCCAGAAGCGCACGUGGUUGGGACUGACCUCUGACUGUCGCCGCAUCUGUAUCUCCGCAAGAUGUUGAACAUGCACAGAAGCGAACCUAACAUUUUAAUAACAGGCACACCUGGCGUGGGCAAGAGUAUGAUGUCGAGCAUGUUGUCGCAGAGAACUGGACUGGAGUGGCUGGAUGUCAGUAAAAUUGCCAUCGAGAAUGAGUGCCUGGAGGAGUACGACGAGGAGUACCAAUGCAGCGUGUUGGACGAGAGGAAGUUACUGAACAGUAUGAAAGGUCCUAUGAGCGAAGGAGGAAAAAUUGUCGACUAUCACAGCGCCGAUUUCUUCCCCGAAAGAUGGAUCGACAUCGUAUUCGUGCUCAGAACGGACAACACCAUCUUGUACGACCGUCUCAAGGACAGGGGUUACUGCGGGAGGAAACUGGAGGACAAUAUAGACUGCGAGAUUUUUCAAAUUAUUCUCGAAGAGGCGAGGGAAUACUACAGGGAAGAGAUAGUGCACGAGCUAACGAACAAUACUCCAGAUCAGAUGAUGGAUAAUGUAAAUAGAGUAUGUCAGUGGCUGGAGCAAUGGAAAAUAGAUAAUCAGCAAACGUAAGGCAAAUGUAUCGAGUUUCCCCUCUCAGUCCAACUUUUAUCCUCGUGCUUUAUACUUACAUUAUCUAGAUUAAGCUUGUUAAAUUUAUAUUACGUAUGAACUUAUUUAGAUUUCAUUGAUUUGUUACAAAUAAAUCAAGUUGACGCGAUAAAAUGAGAGAUCGUACGUAUAUACAAGUUUUAAGAUCCACUAAACACAAAUCUGUACAUAUGUUAUAACAUAUAUAUAUGUAUAUACAGUUCAAAAACAUAUUUUUUACAUUUUAUAUAGCGAGCGAAAAUAUU